UGGAAAGAGAAGCGCCGUGCCCGCGCUUUACGUGUCUGGUUCGUGUACUGACAGCCAGCUGUGCGAUUAUAACGACAACAAUCUCCGGGAUUUGAUCAAUCCAGCCAUCAAACUCGACCCGUAUUGUUUGGGAAGAACACUUUUACUCGACAGAUAUUUUUUUUUAUCGUCUAAUUUAUCCAGCAUUCCUCAAACAUGAAUCCGUCGUGUGGCAGAUGUGGCACAAUCGUGUACCCCACGGAAAAAGUGAAUUGUCUGGACAAGUACUGGCACAAAGGAUGCUUCAGCUGUGAGAUCUGCAAAAUGACUCUAAACAUGAAGAAUUACAAAGGCUUUGAAAAGAGACCAUACUGCAAUGCACACUACCCCAAGACAAACUUCACCUGCGUGGCCGACACUCCCGAGAACCUCCGCCUCAAACAGCAGAGCAAGAUGCAGAGCCAGGUGCAGUACAAGGAGGAGUUUGAGAAGAACAAAGGGAAAGGUUUCAGUGCUGUGGCCGACACGCCAGAGAUGCAGAGAAUCAAGAAAACACAGGACCAUAUCAGCAACAUUAAGUACCACGAGGAGUUUGAGAAGAACAGGAUGGGAGGAGAAAUCCCAUCUCCCCAGCCCAACAGCCCCAAUCCAGUGUUCCAGCAGCAGCAGCCCUACCAGCCCCCUGCUGCGUCUAAGAACUACAACUAUGAGCCAGCAGCGGCACCUGGACCAGUCCGCCAGGCGGCCGCCGCCCCCCCUCCCAGCUCCGGGAAGCGGUACCAGGCGGUGUAUGACUAUGCUGCAGCCGACGAGGACGAGGUGGGCUUCCUGGAGGGAGACGUGAUCGUAGACGUGCAGGUGAUCGACGAGGGCUGGAUGUACGGCCGUGUGGAGCGCACUGGCCAGCAGGGCAUGCUGCCUGCUAACUACGUAGAGGCCAUCUGAUCUGAGAAAGAGAAGUGGGGAGGAGGGGGGAAGAGAGAGAAGGAGGGAGGGAGAGAAGAGAAUGAAAAGCCCAGUGCCGUCUCCUCUUAAUGCCGCUUUCUCUUUCUUUCACUCUUGUUCUCUGAUCUGACCUGUAAGACCCCCCUUCCUCCCCAAUCUCCCUCCCCUCCCAACCCCCCCUGGUCUGCUCUCCUCCAACGACAGACUCCCUCUGUCUGUCUCUCUGUCUGUGCUGCCGUCUGUCUGAAUGUCUGUUUGUCUUCCUGUCUCUGUCCCAAUUCGUCGGUCCACUAUAAGUGCUGUCACAAGUGGAAUUUAAGUCUUACAGAAGUAACAUACCUCCAUCUUACAGGCUAUAUAUAUACGUCAGGGGUCAUACAAUGUAUCACAACUCGAUCCUAGCUACAGCACUUCAUAUUCCAGCAAACUAUGAUGCAAAACGAUAUGAACCCUUCCCCCACCUCGUCAAUCAAGUUGCCAUGACAGCAGAGAACUGCGGCCAAUGUGUGCAUGUGAAAAUGAGUUUGGAAUGUGGGUGUGGCAUCUUCAGAAGGUUUUUUUGUUUCCUUUUUCUUUUCCAUUUUUGCAACAGGCUGAAAUUGGCCUGACUGGAAGCUCAGUGUAGAAUCUUACUGUAUCUGGGCAGUUAGAACAAAGCUUGAAUAUUUGACUUGUGUACAUUCCAUUAACCCUCAAUACCCCAUUGUUGUCGCAUCAGCCAGUCAGUGAGCAUUCUACAGUAUCAGUCUUACCGGAGAGGUCUUAUAUAUUUCUAUAACUACGCAUUUAUCAAUAUUACACUUAUGUGUCCUCACCGGUCUUACCCUGUCCUGCACUGCAUUGUGGGUAUUGUUCUGAAACUAAACUGGAAUCCUAUCUUAACUGAAGAGCACCUCCUGCCCUUGCCUUGUACCUCCAGUUCAGGCAUUUUAAGUACAGGAGGGAUCAGGGACGAGUUAGUUAGGAGACGUGGUUACAAUCACACUCGCCAUGUCAUCACCUUAGUCAGUGGGUGUGAAUAUAUUCCUCAUUCUUGGCUGUCUCCCGCUCGCAGCCUCAAAUUCCUUCCGACAGUCUUACAGAAAGAAGAGUGACGUGAUGGUGGUAAUGUAAAUGGUUGGGGUGGAGAGGGGGUGGGAUCAGGCCAGCCCCGCCCCUAUUCCAAGAGAACCAACAUCCGAGUUGACCAAUUGUAAGCACGAAGGCCAAACACAAUUCUGUAUUGUGAUUUAUUUAAUUUUUUUAUGUCAUUCCAUUGGUUUUGUGAUUGAACAUUCCAAUCCUUAGUUAUGAGAAGUGUGUUGAACUGAGGUCAAAAAUCCUGGCUGUGGUAAAUGUUAUUGUUGUUUUUUCCUUUGAUUUUGUUGGUAUUGUAAGAGGCUUAUUUUAAAACUGUCAAUGUAUCAAAUACAUUUAAGAAAUAAAACGGCAACUUGAUUUAUGAACCAAUAAGGCACGCUAGUUUGUCUAGACGUGUGCAUAUGCUGGGUUAGCAAUCCCACAGAUUUAGAUCCAUGGGGUUAGUCAACCAUCAACCUCCUGGGUUAUCAUGUAUUUGCCUGAUAAUCGUCAACCCUGUUUGCCUGUUUUUAUUGUGCCAACUCAUGACUGGACUAUCUCGCCCAGUUGUCUCUUGUCCUUGAAACUCAGGAGUGGAGAGCAAUGUUCUGGAGUGCCACUGGGUCAUGAAUUCACAUGCUUAUUAAUGAGCAGUCGUCAUGGCGCAUAGUAACAUUAGGCCCGCCCUCUCACCUGCAUUAUGAUAUUUCUGACAUUCUAUAGUCACACAUUUCCAUAGGACAUUCCCUACCAGUAUAGGGGAACCUGUGUUACAUUGUUGUUGCACAGAAAACUGAGAUAUUGUUACACAACAAUGACUUAACUUUCAAAGUAGUAGCUACAAGAUCGGUCUGGCUGUCCUAUCAUGGGCAGAUUCUUCCAGCGAUGAUGAUCGUGGUACAUUCCAUGUUCUAAGGGACAGAGUAAGGCUUGGAGAGGGACAUGGUUCAGUAGAGGGUGAACUCUACAUCCUCCUUGACCUCUUACGUCUCCCUUUCCUUAUCUUUCCCACCCUACUGUUUCUUUCUCUUCUCUGUGAUGCACUGUGACUGUCACAGAUGAGGGGAAGUUCAGCUUUAUAAAAAGAAAACAACAAUACUCUCACCAUGUAGCUUGUUGACGAUAUUGUACAGUAGUUUGGGGUUAUAGGUCAUGGUGCUGGGGGAAGGGGCUUUGCCUGCAGACUAAAGCUGUAGUGUGGAAUGAUUUGAUGUAAUGAGGUGAGGGGCAGUGUAAGGGGUGAACAGUACCCAUUUUAAUACCAGUGUGGUGGAACACGUCGGACAAUAAGUAGGUGUUGACUGUUCAUAUCAUUUUGGCUUCAACUUUGUAAUGUGAUGAGUUAUGGCAAUUAUGUUUAAAUGAAUUGGAAUGAACACACCUCAACCUGACUAGAUAAUCAGAUUGCCAUGCAGAUAAAAAGGUACGUCUAGGCCUGCAUUUAGCAUCUAUGACCUCUUUACUUGACAACUGGACAUUUUAACUCCUACACUGUAUGAAGGGACGUUUUGGGGCCGAGCUAUUUCAAGUCUAAUUGCUUUGCUGCAGUAACUGAAGAAAGUAAAGAGGAAGAAGAGGUGUUUUGGCUUGAAGUUAGUGGAGUGUUGUUCUUGGAGUUUUUAUGAAUUUGGAUUGCCUUGUACAAUAUCUGCAGUCAAUGCCUUGGCUACUUGGAGGCCUUGGCUUGGGUGUGUUUUACAGAUAGGGGGGAAACAAGCCCACGUUGACUGCCACAGCUGUUUUUCCUUUGCAGUGAAGUGAGAUGGAUUUGUUUUAGUUGCUAGGUGGAUUUAGGAGGGAGGUGAAUGAUGGUUAUAGUUGAUUGGAAGGAAACAAAUCCAAAGUGGCCAAAGACAAGCCAAUGGUGUUUUUGUGUGACGAGUGGUGAUGGACCACAGUGGCAAGGGAUAGACAUUAUUAAUGUACCAUGUUAUAGUCUAAUGGGCUGGAUGGGGCUAGGAGAGAGGUGCUGUUAACACAUACUACCCCCAACCUGAGAGGGGGAGGGGGGCGGCAAGGACAAAUACUUGGAAUUCGCCAGGAGACCAAUAUGCUCCUCUGCUUUGGUGUCACUCCUUUUACACCUCUGCUGUAUCAUAUCAUCACCUUGUUCUCCCCCAAUGUAUAUGAUCCUAUCAGUCCUAUGGCCAAGAGUCCUCCAACCCUCAACCCCAAUUAAAGACUCCUGUGUCAUAUGCUUCUGAUUAAUCAAUGAUUCCCUGCUCUUGUAUGAUACUGGUAUAGAAAGUGCAGAUAUAAAUCACAUCAACCAAACACUGACCUAGCAUUCUGACCAAUGUUGUGCAUUCCAUCAAAAAAUGAUUUUGUUUUGAUAUUUUUGUUAUUCCUAUUUUUUAACAUGCAUAUAUUGACAUUCUUUCAAAAAAAGAAAUCAGACUCCAGUUGAAUUUAAGGACCUGAUAAUAGCAUCUCAUGUUGUCCUGUUACAGCACUUCGAAUUGUACUUAAUGAUUCUACAGAUUCAAUAAAAUGUCAUUUUUA